AUGGCUAUGAAUGAUACUGGAGUUUUUGGCGUUGCACUUCCUUAUGUUGGAACCGAUUUUGGUUAUGCGCUCUCUUAUCUUCAACAAGAGAUUGCGACCGCGGCCACUACCGUUGGCGCAAUUUUCGGGGCUGCCAUAUUGGGCCUCUUCGCCGACAGAUGGGGUCGCAAACCCUGCUUGCUUAUUUCCGAUUUACUUUUUACAGCCGGCGCUAUCAUUAUCGCAUCGAGCUUUUCGCUUAGGCAACUUGUUGCUGGUCGUCUAAUUCUCGGGGUCGGAGUUAGUGGCGCGGCGGUAAUCUGUCCUCUUUAUAUAACGGAACUGGCUCCAACUGCCGUUCGUGGACGUUGUGUUGGCACAAAUAGUUUCUGUAUUCCUUUCGGUCAGACUGUUGCUGUUGCUAUCGGUGCAGGAUGGAGAAUGUCAACGGCAACUAGAGAAUCCUGUUUGGUCUUGGAGUUGUACCCUCAAUUCUGCAGCUCGCUCUCAUACACGAAUUACCGGAAUCGCCCUGUGUUCUUAUCCCCCGUGACCAAGAUGACGAGGCUCGAGAAGUACUCAAAGGAAUUUACAAGUACGCUUCGCCUGAAAUAUUACGGGUUGUCAAGGAUCAUAUUGCUGCGACUAUGGCCCUGCAACGCUCGACCACCUUCUGUCAACGCUCUCAAAAGCUAUAGACUCACAAGCCUUAUCGCCAUUUUUGGUCAAGUCACCGGAUAUAAUACUCUUCUUUACUACGCUGGAACUCUGUUUAAACUUCUGGGUCUUUCCAAUGCAGUCAUUAGAGGGCUCAUCCCCUCGAUUACCAACACGUUUUUCCUUUUGUGUGGCAUAGUUAUGGUAGAUCGGAUCGGUCGCCGUGGGCUAUUAAUGAAAUUUGGCCCUAUUAUGGUCAUUGGUCUCAUCUGGUGUCUUGUUGCUUUCUACUACAUAUGUAAGCCAACGGGUCAUUUCCUGAUCGAGGGCCACACCUAUCCCUAG